GUCGAGCCAGAUUGCUUCUGUUGUUCGUUGUUAUCUAUAAAAAAAUCGAAAAUAAUGAAACAUUCAUUAAGAAACUGAAAGCAGCAAGUGAAGUAUGGUGGAUCUUUAAUUCAAAUAACACAUAUGUAUAAGACUUGACUUGAACUGACUCUUGGUGACAAAGAUUAUGGCUAGUCCGCGGACACGGAGAGUUCUAAGUGAACUGAAACCUAAAGAUGAGAAUAAUAGGUGUUUUGAAUGUGGUAUACAUAAUCCUCAAUGGGUUUCUGUUACAUAUGGUAUCUGGAUUUGUUUGGAAUGUUCAGGCAAGCAUAGAGGACUUGGUGUGCAUUUGUCAUUUGUUCGUUCCAUUUCGAUGGAUAAAUGGAAAGACUUAGAAUUGGAAAAAAUGAAAGUUGGCGGGAAUAAAAAUGCUCGUGAAUUCUUUGAGUCACAAUCAGAUUGGGAUGACAGUAUGUCCAUAACACAGAAAUAUAACACAAGAGCAGCAGCAUUAUACAGAGACAAGAUUGCAACAUUAGCUCAUGGGGAAACUUGGAGUCCAACUACCUCUACAGCAAAAGACUUUCAAUCUACAACAUAUAGUGGAAAUCAACAAGAUUAUUCAUCUUAUCAAGGUGAUAUGUCGAGUUCUUAUCAAAAUUUUUAUUCAAGCAACUGCAAGGCCCAAACUGAAGCUUUCUUUGCAAAGAAGCAAAAUGAAAAUGCUAAUCGUCCUGAUAAUGUUCCACCUAGUCAAGGUGGUAAGUAUGGAGGGUUUGGUUAUCAGAUGGAUCCACCACCUAAAAGUACGUCACAAGAAUUUUUUGACACUGCCGUGUCCUCUUUAGCAAGUGGAUGGUCAAUAUUCUCUUCAUCUGCCUCAAAAAUAGCAAGCAAAGCUACAGAAAAUGCUAUUAAAAUUGGAGAAAUGGCAACACAGAAGGUUCGUGAUGGUACAUUAUUGGAAGACGUUGGAGCUCAAGUUAAUAAUUUAGCUGCCAAGGUCGGAGAUUUAGGAAGAAGAGGAUGGGGCGACAUUGGAGGAACAAAUUCAAUGGAACAAAAUCAGUAUAACUCAAAAGAGAAUUACCAGAGUUCUUCUACAACAUAUCAUAAUAGUGAAGUUCAAUCUUAUUCUACGGAAAAAACGUCUUUAAUGAAAACAUCGCUAUCAAAAACUAAUAUACCAACCACAAAUUCUUCGAAGUGUGAAUGGGAUUGGGAUAAUGACGCAAAGCAAGAUAAUGACAAAGUAACCGAUACUAAAUCGACCAUGAGAAAGUCAAAAGACAAGGUUAAAGAAGAAGCUUUAAUUAACUUCGGUACUGAUAACACUGCACCAAAUUGGGAUUCGAAACUGGAAGAUGAUGCAUGGGAAAUAUUAAAAAAUUAAUUGUCAUUAAGAAAUUAGGCAAUUUUCAAUGAAGUUCAAGAUUCACGGAUGACUUUACCAUCUUAUAGAUUUUGAAUUCAUAUAAAGUAAUA